GCCCAGCGCUCACCUAGUGUUAACGAGAUGGUUGAGACAAACAGCCCUGGCUGUGUACUGUGACGAGUAUCAUGGUGUUUGUUACUAAAGCGCAACCGCACGUAAAUGGAACAGAACAUGUCGCUCCCCGCUGAUCUACCCAGCAGACAACAAGCUGGUCAAGAAGACUUUGACAGACUGCUGCGACUUGGUUCACGUUAUUGCAUAAACUUUGGGUGGCUCGUCGAGCGAGACGAAACUAGAGUCGUUCACGGCAAUUACGCUACCGUAUAUCAGGGGAUACUGCAGCCAGAAGGUAGGAGGAUAGCGAUCAGGAUUAUUCGCCAAUGGAAAGAAGAGGACGACGGCAGAAAGCGGAUGUUACGGGAGGUAUACCUCUGGUGUCAACUCCGUCACAAGAACAUUCUUCCGUUGUUGGGUAUUACCACCGCAUUUGACAACACUAUCUCGAUAGUGUCACCUUGGAUGGAUAGAAACGCUCUCCAAUACGUGCAAAAUCGCACCAUUGAUCCUCGCCCUCUGAUUCUGGGAGUAGCUAAAGGAUUAUGUUACCUCCAUAAUCAUCAACCACCGGUAUAUCACGGCGAUGUGAAAGGCACCAACAUCUUGAUAUCUGACGAAGGACAACCGCUUAUCACGGGUUUUGGCCUUUCCCGUCUUGCCAACUCUGCGUUUGACUUGGCUGUCGAGGAUCCCUAUAGGGGUGGUACUCUACAGUGGAUGGCUCCGGAGUACUUGAAUACCGGCAACGUGACUGCCGAAGCUGAUGUGUGGGCAUUCGGGUUAACUGCGCUGGAACUUUUCACCGGUGAAGUGCCUUUUCAUGAUACCCGCAAUGUUGCCAACGUGGUAAACCGGAUCAUGGGAGGGCAACUACCACAACGGCCCAGGAACAAGAGCACUGGUUCUCGUCUCACAAAUAAAUGGUGGCAAAUAUGCUCUUUGUGUUGGAAACCUGAUCCGCCACUACGGCCCACGAUGUUGCAGAUUGUGGAGAUGAUUGUUGGUGCCGAGAGCCAUGCUACUUUGUCCUCCCACUCCCAUUCAUGGUUGCUGACAAGGUAGUUGUUUCUGAGAAGAUACUAUGUAUUACCUCGAUCGAACUCGGUACAUACUCUUUGGCUGUGCUUCCGGUAAUAAUUAAUACUGGG